AUGGCCCGCUUGGCUCUCGCCCUUGCCGGCACUGCCAGCGUGCUGCUGGCAGUCAGAUGCAUUGGAACUGGUCCGGUGUGGUCGAGUCCUGCUUUUCUCACGCCAGCGGCACAUUCAUCCGUGCGGCCUGUUGCCGCCAGCAGGCCUGCAGUGCCACGGCCAGUCCAGCGGCUGACUAAACAGGCAUUCAACGACUCUCGCGACCGAAGUGGCUUCGGCUUCCUGGGCUUGUGUGCGGUGUUGACCUUGCCUGUGGUGGUGUCCAGAGUUACAUGUGCGGCAAAAUGGGGACGACGAAAACCCAACAAGCCAACAGACUGGGAUCAUCCACGUCUCGGAUAUCGCAUCAAAGGUGGCCCUGGCUGGAACGGCUCCCCACACACUUGGACAGAGCGCAUUCGCUGGGUCCACCGUUACAGAAGGCGCAUCCACAUUCGUCGGAAGGUCGAGGGCAACACUGCGCGGCCCAGACUGACUGUCUUUCGAUCCAAGAUGCACAUGCAUGCCAGCGUCAUCGACGACACGAUUGGUACUGGUGUAACGUUGAUCCAGGUGACUUCCAAACAGACCGGCUCCCUGGAGCAGAUCCGCGCCAAGCAAGGCUGCGAUGCCGGACAAGAGAAGACCUGGUCGGUUGACGCAGCAGAAAUCAUAGGAGCAGAAGUCGCAAAGCAAUGCUUGGAGAAGGGCAUCACCAUGGUUGUGUUUGACCGUUCUGGCCAACCCUAUGAGGGACGUGUGAAGGCUGUCGCAGAGGCCGCUCGCAGUGGCGGGCUUCAGUUCUGA